UGUCAAGAGAAGAGGCAAAUGUCAAUUUUAUGGGUUGUAACUGAAACACAGAGUGCCCUCACUUUAGCACACAGGAGCCUGUGGAGUGAAGUGAGACACUUUUUGAUUGAUUAUAGGGUUUCAUAAGUGCCAUAGGUGCAGUGUGAUUGAGUACGAGGCGGUGUAUGCGUGUGUAUGUGUGUGUGUGUGUGUGUGUGUGUCGGGCAGCAGCUGCUCGCUCCCUGACUCUUUAUCCCUUCCUCUCACAUAUUCAGUCCUGCAGUGGCGGUUGGGCUCGGUGCUCCCGCCUGCAGGAGCGCAGACAUCUGAGCUCGUUAGUGUUAAAGAAAAGCUGACGGAAACACAAAGAGCUCUCCAAACAACAAAGCACGCUGUCGCUUUGGGACUGAAAGAGGGAUUUUACAGCGCACAUACCAGUUGUCAGCGAUCCAGGAGCAACUUUGCUACUGUCUUUUUUUUUUUUUUUUGCGCGCGCGUGUGUGUGUUGCAGAUCUUCAGUAUCUGGCUGCCUCUUUAACAUCCUCAGGCUUUCAGCAUCAAGAUGAUCCGCAUAUGCACAGUCAGUAAAACUCUCUGGAUGGGACUGCAUCACUAUGACGGACUACAGGUGCGAGGAGGACGAGAGCGUGAGGCAGACGGGGGGUUGGUUUGUAUGAGUUUUCCCUUCCUUGAAGGUGAGAAAGACUGUUAAUGUCUGGUGGUGGAUUAUCAGGUUCAGACAGCCACUCCCUCGAGGAACGAAUGUACCACACGUUACAUAAGAACUGCACUGGGACCAGUGUUGAACAGCGUCAUGACUCCAGCUGACUCAUAGGAUGUGGCAUAAGAUGGGAAACCAAGGUUUUCAUCUCUCUAAAGAGAUUUUUGUCCACGCGCUUCAGAAGGACCUGCAGAACUCAAGGCAAGACUGUGGAACCUGAUGUGACGUUUUUGAUGAGGAUUUCUCCCCUUUUUGGAUUUUAAUAAUGUAUGCUUUUGGCUUGUUCUUUUUCGUCUGUCAGAAUGGAUUUUAACAUGGACCAAGGUAAACCCACCCAGUAAGCCAUCCAGCUGAGAGAUUUCCAUAUUUCUCUACUGCUUCCACUGGGAAACAGCAUGGAUCCUUCCCGUGACCAGCUGUCGGACUGGAGCUCAGUUGAGCCCACCAUCACCACACAGUUGCAGCACGACAGCGCUCAGCAAAAACUCAACCACAGCUACAGCUUCCACAGCGCUCUAAAUCUGCCCGCCACCUUCAUCCCCCCGACUGGCUCUCUUCAUCAGCCUCUGCCCUCUAAGCUGCCCACCGCUGUUGUUCCGUACUCCUCCCUCAUCGCCUUCCCUUUCUUGUCCACCACCUCCUCCUCAGCCAUCAGGCAAACAUCAUAUUCCUCUUUCGAUUUAUCCUUCACCAACUUUUCCUCGAAUGAUUUGGCAGACCUGGAGAGCAUGCUGCUCUGGACCCUCCACGAGCCCAGCACCAUUGCUUUGACUGUAAUGUACAGCCUGUCAUUCAUUUUGGGAUUCGUUGGCAAUUUGAUGUCCCUUCGAGUCCUCACCAGCCGGCGCAGUCGGCAGCUAGCUGGCGUGAGUGCUACACGCAGUCUCCUAGUAAACUUGGCAGUGUGCGACCUGGCUGUGGUGUGCGUGUGCAUGCCCAUCACCUUGGGAAGCCAGAUCUACACCGCCUGGGUGUACGGUGACCUCUUAUGUCGAGCGGUGCCCUUCACGCAGGCUGUCUCGGUCUCGGCCAGCGUGUUAACGCUGACGGUGAUCAGCGUCAACCGUUACUACAGCGUUCGAUCGCCGCUCCGAGCUCGUACCAUGUUCACCCGCCGCCGGAUCUUGGCAACUGUUGCUGUGGUGUGGACGGUGUCCUCGAUGAUGUGCGCUCCCAUCGCAGUGAUGAACCGGCGUCGAGAGAUCAGCUUUGAGACUUUCACCAUCUUGGUCUGUCAGGAGGAGUGGCCUCAGCAUCGUCUCAAACAGGGAUACAACGUGCUGCUGUUUGUGAUGCUCUACUGUUUGCCAGUGACCUUUAACCUCACCAUAGGAUUCCUCACGGGCAGGCGGCUUUGGGGAGGAAAGAAAUCCACUUUCGCUGAUCUCGAUCCCCGAAGCCAAGCUCUUCACACCUCACGCCUUAAGAUGCGUCAGAAGAUUGCCAAGAUGGUGGUGUGUCUAGUGCUUCUAUUUGCAGUGUCCUGGCUGCCGCUCUACUUGGCCGACCUUUGGAUUGACUGCGAGCAAAGGCCAUCGUCUUGGCUCCUGCAGACAAGACCGUUUGCCCAGUGGCUAGGCCUGACAAACUCCAGCCUUAAUCCGAUCUGCUACUGUUUCAUCGGAGACCUGUACCGCUCAGCAAAGGUCAUAAGGACACGAUACUACCAAAAGGUUGCCGCUCUUUUCAACUCCUCAUCAUUCUCCAGCUCAGUUACAGUGGUGCCUCCUGCAGCAGGGAUAACUGACAGCAAAGUGUCGUCUGCUGAGCGCCGCCCUAUCGCUGCUGCAGUGGCAGCGUCUGCAUCCAUGGUUACAAUACCGAGGCUCUUGAACUUGGCGAGAGUCCAGGGCCUGGGGCAGAAGGUCAGAGACAGUUCAGACAGCCGAGCGGGCUCCGACCACAGCAUCUCAGACUGGUGUCGGUCCAGUCCCAGCGUGUGCGACAGCUCCUUGUUACCCUGCCAGCUCCACGGCCUCCAGCACACCAUACAAAAAGCAGACUUCCUGCCAACACGGAGACACUCUCUAAAUGAGAAAGCUGGACCGUUACCUUUAGGAAUCAGUCCUGUGGAAAUAGACGUGCUACCUCCGAGGAGGCAUUCGGGGGAUAGAGUGUAUAGUCUGUCAGCUGAUAAGAGAGACAUCAUUACUUUGGGCAAAGCUGCUUUCUGUUAUGCUGGGCAGCACAGGAGCAAAACACCACAAACCUACUCUCUGGUUGGGGACACGGAGGAUGAAACAACGGAUAUGACCAGCCUAUGAAAACUGCAGUUUAUCUGAUGUAUCAGCCGGGAGGAAUUGCUUCCUUUUCUCCUGCAGGCAGUAUAAACACGCACACCGCUCCCAAGUUAAAGUUUGCAGUUAACAUUGUAUAAUAAUCCAUGGCAAGAGUCAGUCGUUGCUUUUAGGAUAAAGUGACCUGCUCUGUACUCUCUCCUUCUUUUCAUGUGUAGAAGCCUCUCCGUGUCAUCUGGAGCACAUGGGACCCAAGAGUUGAAUUUGCAACAAUAAGUUCUUUUAUUUUUUUAAAGCAUGUGGAGGCAGGAGCAAUGGACUGAUCAACGUAAGGCAACAACCAGAGAUUUAUUUAGCCCGGGGUGAGAAAACUGGUUAUCAUUAAGAAGGAUAAAUUAUGGAGCGUGCCAUUACAUGCAAGUGAUAUCAUAGUUACAACAGCUUCUAUCAUUUGCAUAAGACAAUAACGCAGCAGGAGGUAAAGUGUCAUGUGUCUCUGCUUUUCUUUGUUUUUGCUAAUGGCUUUGAUUGUAUUUUGUGCUCACGGGUCAUGUGGGAACAAACUGUAUUAUACACAGACUGUCUGCGAGAGUUUCUGACAGGUCUUCACUGAAUAAUGUUGCCAUUAAUGUCUGUUUUGCAAUGUUAAAUCAAGUCGAGAAAGAUUUCAGGAAGGAGGAGCCACAUACAUUAAAGCUCUUUUUAUCUAAUUCAGCGUGAAUCUUGGGAAGUAUUAUUAAACAUGAACUUUUGCAAAGGGCAUUGCUCUGCACACGUUUUUGCUUCAUGCAUUUACAUAACUAAGUUGGCUGUAACCAAAGAAUGGCUUUUAUGUGAAUAUAAUAUAAAUGUAAUAUAACACUGAAUAAAACAGCUCUUCAUUUUCUGGAGCCUUAAAAGGAUGGACUGACCGGAAAGUGCAAGAAAAAAAUUAUGCCCGUGAACCUCCACGUGUACUGAACAAUAGAGCUCUUUUUAAGGAAUGUAGACUGAGAAGGUGAAUCUGUAUACAGUAAAUUCCCACCGUUAAGGAAAGUAAGGAGGCAGUCCCUAGUAAAAAUACAAAACAAAACAAAAAAACGACUUAAUUUUAUUUUCUUGUGAGCUGAACAAUAAAGAAGUAAAACAGUAGAGAAUUACUAAGGUUGUGUAAAAGGAAGAAUUCUCAGUCGCCCAGAUUUGUAACAACAGCUAAAUUAUUCACGGCUUUUAAAUAAAUAACUUUGUUAAGCUUUUCAGUUGUGUAAAGGUAGCGUCAAAAAUACGUUUAAGCUUUGAGCAAGAUGAAGCUAUGUGCUCUAUUGGACGAUUAAUGUCAUUUGCACAAAAGUGAAUAUUUGCCAGGACCGGGUUUACAUUCGACGUCCACUUUGUUAGGUACACUGCUCUGGUACCAUGUUGGUACUUUUACUAUCAGAGCUGCCUAAAUUCUUUGUGGCACAUAUUCAAUAAGCUCCGGAAAACAUUCCUCAGUGAUUUUGGUCCAUGAUGGCAUGAUAGCGUCACACAGUUGCUGCAGAUUUGUCACAUCCAUGAUGAGAACCUCCCAUUCCAUCACAUCCCAGUGGGGUUCUAUCGGAUUGAAAUCUGGUGACAGUGGAGGCUGUUUGAGUUCAGUGCGGUUGCUCUCAUGUUCAGGAAGAUGGGUACACUGCAGUCCUACAGUGAAGGGAUGGACAUGGUAGUGACACAAUACAAGUGUUUAAACAGGCUCAGUUGGUACUAUAGGGCCCAACGUGGGCCACGAAAAUCUCCUAAAGCCUUAUAAUAACAGCAGCCUGAACCAUUGAUACAGUUGUCGUCAUUCACAUUCAUCACAGACAUGAAUGUCAUGGUAAUGUUCAGCUUUUAAUACUUUCUUUUUCCAAGGAGAAAUACUUGUUCAGCAUACACCUUUGAUGACUUAAAAAAAAAAGAAAAAUUGAUGUCUACAGAGGAAGUUGGCAUAAAUUUAAGCUGAUGACGCUGUUUAGGUUCAUUCACCAAAUUCUGCCUUGAUCCCGUCUAUGUUGGAAAUCAGCUGUGAUCCCUCAUCUGCUUAUUACUUUUUUAAAUUCCUGAAUCCACAAAGAGCAGUGAAGCUGAGAGCAGCACAGCCUGUACACAAAGAAAACAAAUCUACUUGAGCUAACAACACACAUUAUUAACAUCAUUUAUUUUUAAGUGAUUCUUUCUCCCACAUGCUUCCCUCUCACUUCUCACUUUUAGCCUCUGUGGGUAAAAAAAAGGUUCGAUGAAUAAAAAUAUUUCCAGGGGGAGCAGAACAUCACUAACAAGUAUUAGUGCUGCUGAAGUAAAAUUGGAUUGGUGCUGAGAAUAUUAAGGGUAUGCAAAAAGCAUUUUAAUUGCUCAGACGUGGGAGUUUGUUGUUCAUCAGGCCCCGCGUAUUUAUUUUUCAGUGAAUUUCAAACGGUAGAAUAAAAAUGCCACCCUACGGCCAGAAGUGGCUACUGAGAUUAGAACGGGUGUUUGAAUUUUAAAAGGGGAAUCAGAAGAAAUAGUUGGAGUUUAGCAUUAUUCAACAUUUAAAAUGCCACCAUCUAGUUUUGGGAUCGCUCCAUUUUUAUCGAUUGUGUAAUUUUGUUAAAAGCAGCCAGUCUCCUGCUGCAACUGAGACACAGGUUUCUGCAGUUUUUCAUGCAUGAAGCUACGCCGAAGAUUUCCAGGGAACAUGAGAUACGCUGUGCAUAGAGCAGAAAAUGAAAACCUCAAAACAGAGUGAAAGAUUUAAACCUCUGGUAACUCUUCAGGUUCAUUUGAUAUUUCUGUGAAGGUUCUCAGUCAUCCAGGUCAUUGUAGUCUAAAGAGCUUGGAAAGACGUCUGGAUUUCUUUAAGUUUCUUUAAAGAUGUUUCACCUCUCAUCCGAGAAGAUUCUUCAGCUUCUUCCCGAAACCUUGGCUCAUUGUGACCCGCACGCGUUUUCACACUUUGUCUUGUGUGAUUAGGUAGAGGAUCAAUAGAGGGUCCAUGACCCUCUUGAGGUCAC